AUGGAAUCAGAAACAAGUUAUAAACCAAUGAAUACCGAUUUUUCAUCAAAUAAAAAAGAAGAAGAUUAUUAUUCAUCACCAGGUUCAAAUUAUUCAUUUUCACCAAGAUCACCACAACAAAACUCAACUGAACACGAAAACACAACACAAGUACAUAAUCCACAACAACAACAACAGCAACAACAACAACCAUUAUACUCACAACCACCACAACCACAACCACAAAUACCACAACAAUCAAACAAUAACAACAAUAAUAUUAAUAACAACAAUAAUAAUAAUAUAAUGCAAUCACCAACUAAAUCUGAAAAUAGAGUUUCACCACAACAACCAACUAAUUCUCCGACAAUGAACAGUAACUCUAACAAUAAUAAUAUUAAUAAUAAUAAUGAAAGUAAUAAUGUAAAAUCACCAUCAUCAAGAGAUGAAAAGAAAAGAGAUUUAGAUGGUGGUUCGAGAGGCGAUAGUGGUGGCUCAACAAGAGACAGUGCCAGAAGUGACAGAGACCGUGAAAGAGAACGUAGUGACAGAGAACGUAAUGAUAGCAGAGACAGUAGAGAUCGUAGUAAUAACGAAAGAGAUCGUGAAAGGGAACGUAGUGAAAGAGAUAAUAGAGACCGUGGUAAUAAUGAUAGAGAGCGUGAAAGAGAACGUGAUAAUAGAGAACGUAGAGAUAGAGAUGGCCAUUAUAACGAAAAGGAUGAAAGAGUUGGAAGUAGCAACGACCGUGAUAGAGAUAGAGAUAGAAGAUCAGACCGUGAAAGAGAUAGCGCCAGAUCAGACCGUCGAAACGAGCGUGUAGGUAGUGCCAAUGGUUCACCAUCAUCAUCAUCACCAUCAUUAUCCUCGAUGAGUGGUAAUAAUAGUUCAACAACAACAACAACCACCUCCUCAUCAGUUAAAAAAGACUCAACUCCAACAUUAAACUCUCAACAAUUCCAACAACAACAACAAUAUAUUCGUGAACUUCAAACCCUUUUGGAUAAUUCAAAUAAACAUAAUCAAAUACUCCAAGAUAAAGUACGUGACCUCGAGCUUACACUCAACAAAAAAACAAUUUUAUUGUCAAAAUAUAGAAAGACAUUGCUCAAAUUCUUUGAAGACCGUGAGGUAGAUGGAGAGUUAGAUAACUCAAGUGAAAGAUCGCUUUCACGUUCACCAUCACGUUCAAGAUCACGUUCACGUUCAAGAUCAAUGUCACGUUCACGUUCAAGAUCACGUUCAAGAUCAUUAUCACGUUCAAGAUCAUCCUCGCCAGUUUAUUCUAGAGAUAAUUAUAAUAAUGAUCGUGUUUCCUCAAAAUCCUACAAUUCACCAGAGAAAAAUGAUCUCAAGAGAAAGAGCAACGAUAAUGAUAAACAAGAUGUUAAAAGAAGAAAGGUUGGCUCAAGAAGAAACACUUUAUGGACUGCUGAAGAUGAUGAGAAAUUUGCUGAAGCCUACAAUAAAUAUGGUAAAAGUUGGAAAACUAUUCAUAGUCAUUUACCCGAUAAAACUAGAGAACAAGUUCAAAGUCAUGGUCAAUAUUUAAUUAGAAUUGGUAAAUUACAAGAUCUUCAUAAGGAUGGCAGAAGAACAAGACAUAUUAAACCAGAUGGACUUCCAUUAACUAGUGGUACAAGUAGCAGCCAUUCUUCAUCACAUCACCAUUCUUCAUCACAUCACCACAGUAGUAAUGGCCAUCAUCACCACCAUUCAUCACCACAUAACGAUAAACAUAUUAUACCAACUAGUGGCCAAAAUAGUCAUAGUAUGAAUAAUAACAAUAAUAAUAAUAAUCAAAAUUAUGAUGAUAGAUCAUAUGACUCACCACUUUCACAACAAGACUCACCAAGAGAUGAUAUCGAUGACGAAAUUAAUAUUUAAAAAAAAACAUUAAACAAAAAAUAUAAAAAUAAAUAAAAUAUCAUUAUUUUAUUUAUAAUCAAUAAUAAAAUAAUAAUAAUAUUUAAUAAUAAUAAUAAUAGUAAUAUAUAUAUUUAUACAUAAUAAUAUAUAGUUUAAAUUUAAAUAAAAUAUAAAUUUAUUUAAUUUUAUAAUGUAAAACAAUAAAUAAAACUAU